AUGUCUACCUACAAGACAAAAAACAUUUCGCACAGGCACUACAGUUGCGUACAUUCGCUUCCUCUAACUGCUGAUAAACAACCCUUACCAAAUGCCAGAAAUAUAACAGCAACCAUAUACACAGAUGGCCUGUUGGAGACUUGUGUAGAAAUAAAUUUAAAUGCAAUGAUAUUUGCCCAAGCUGUCUCACACGACCUUAGUUUUAUCAAACCUGCAAAUGCUACAGAACUAGACUGUUGCACAGCAUAUUAUAGAGAUGUAGAGGAUACACCCAUGGAGUGUGCGAAUAUCAAAGUGUCGCCAGAAGAUCCAGAUUAUUCCGACGUGGACAUCACGUGUAUUCCACUUGUUAGAACUGCUACUAAUCGAGAAGAUCACUGUGAAGAAGAUUUGCAAUAUGAGGAACAAAUCACGCAAGUAACAGCUAGUUUGGAUUUGUCGAUUAUUUAUGGUAGCAACGAUGAAACUCUUAAAACUUUACGGACAUUUGAGAAUGGAUUACUCCUAACAGAAAAAAGGAAAGAUCAGGAAUGGCCCCAAGCGCCCCUCGUAGUGGCUGUCCCCUAUUAUUAA